CAAGGAAAGUAAAUUCAAAAACUAUGAAUAUCGUAAAAGUUGAUUAUCAUCUGACAAAUAUUAAUAUGAAAAUAUGGACAACAGAAUAAAGUAAUUGCUAUUUUAAUUCAGAUAAGAUUGGAUUAUGAUUUCUCUGCAGAAUAUAAUCCUAUAUAAUUUUAAAAACAUUGACAUCUGUGGACCAAAUUUGACAGUUGAUUUGAAUUAUUUCCGUUGAACUAUUGAACACAAGCAACGGUUUUAAGAGUUUUAAUUUUGUCUUCAUAAUUCAUAAAAUCUUGAAAAUAGUGAUAGUAGUGUGAGUAGUUUAUUGUAUAGUGUAGUGCGAGUAAUUUUUCAAUAGUUUUAUUAGGUCCUUUUUAUUUGAUAACGUUUCCCUGUAAAAGAAAUAUGCAAAAUAAACAGAGAUCGGAAAAAUCCAAAAACGAAUUAAAUUUGCAAAGGAAAAAUGGAAAAACAAAGACGGUACCUAUAGUAAGGCAAACUCUUACCAGUUAUAAACGAAUGCUUAAUGCAAAUCCUUUAUUAAAAUACGAAGAAGCUGGUAUUAAUGUCGACGAGUUAUGGAAAAGUAAAUCAAAUGAUUUGAAAUCAAUAACAAACUUAGGUGCAACAAACACAAAAUCUAGUGUAUUACCUGGAGUAAAUUUAAAAGAAGUUAAGAAAUAUGAUGGCGUCCAAUCUAGCAUAAGAAAUCAGUUAUUAAAAUCACACAAUGAAAAUAAUAUUAACAAUGAAACUGGAAAAAGUAUUUUACCUGGUAAUCAUUUUGCUAAAAAGGAUUUAAGAACUAUUAAUAAUUUUCAUAUGAAGAGUAUCCCCAAUGUAAAAAGCGUCACUGGCACUACAUUUAAAUCUAAAGUAAAUCCUGCUCCAAAGGUUUUGAAUAUUAAUACAAAAACCUCAAAAGUUUCUACUACACAAGAAAAAAGGGCUUCUAUAAAUAAUAAUAAAAGUUUAAGAAGAUCAUUAUCAUCAGGGCAUUUAGACAACAAAAAAGGAAAAUCAUUUGAUCCAAAAAGAGCUUAUAUAAAAUCAAAUCAUUCAUGUUCUGAAGACAAUUUAUGCGUUCCAUCACAGACUGCUAUACCUAAAUUCACUCCAAUAUUAGAAGAAUCAUGUUCUAAUAGCCACUUUGUGUUUAAGACUCCAUCAGCGCAUGAAAGACGUAGUAUGUGCCAUUACACACCCGUAUCUACAACAAAAAGAAAGCCCUUAUUUCACUCAUCCACACCUUUUCCAAUUGACAAACAAAAACUUCAAGAAAGACUAAAUCAGUGGCUUAAAUCGAGAGGAAAGAAACUUUCAUCUUUCCAUCAUUUAAGAUGUUUUGGAAUGGACCAUAUAAAAGAAAAACAAGCAGAUCCUGUACUAGAUGAUGAAAAUAAAGAAAACAUCGAUAAUAUACUGCAUAAAUCUGAAAGUUAUGAAAAUCUUAAUAUAGAACUUAAAACAGACGAAGACUUAACUACCAAUGGUAACGCAUUAUCUGACAAAACCUUAAAUACAGCAGCCAAAGAAGCAUUAAUAGAGUUACAGAAAUUAAUCCAUGAAGAGUAUCCAAUGAUACAGUGUUUAGGUUGGUUAGAAUUAAUAAAAGAAAAAUACAGAAAAAUAGAUGAAGAACCAGAAUACUGGGAAUGUAGAGCUGCUAUUGAGCAAUAUUCUGGCAAUGUUGGUAAUGCAGUUGAGUAUUAUAAAACAGCGAUAGUGCACGGAGCUGAGGUAAAUUCAGUUGACAAAUCAUUAGAUCAAUUGUUGAAGAGAUUUAGUCUUCUAAAUAUCAGUCCAGAGAAGUCAGAAAUGGCAAAAAUUAACAAGGAUAAAGAGAGAAUUGUCCGAGAAGCUAGGAAUGUAUUUAAAUCCACCAUUAUACAGUUUGCAAUUCAAGAAAGAAAAUCUAAGACAAAAUCCAAAUCAGAUACUAGUGAAACUAAAUUAGUAGCCACGCCCGUUAGAAGAAGUACAAGAUUGUCAAAAUCUGGUUAUGUGUCGACGCCUGGUGUAAAACUGUGUAUGUCACUUAAAGAAAUUGACACAGAGGAAAUUCAGUUUGAAAAAAACAAAGCUUUUUGCUAGGAGUACCUUACCUUAAAUCGUGUUAAACCUAUCUUUAUUUUACAUCAAUGUAAUGUUAUACAUAUAAUUUGUAAUUAAUUUUUAUAAUAUGAAAUAUGUACUAUGUUAUUAUCUAACUAUUGUGCUAAUCUGUACAUUAAAUUAACUGCUUUUAUUAUUGUUUAUUUUACUUGUUAACAAUAUUUAAUAUAUAUACUGAUAUAAAAAAA